GACACGUGCAAUUCAACCGCUUCAGAGGAAAAAGUACAAGGCGAGAUAUCUGCAGCAGUUGCGAACAUGCAAAAGCCCUAACCCCACUGCUUCUUUGGCAAGCGUUUAGCAUUUAGACUUCAAUCGUUUUUAUAAAAAAAAAAUAUAUAUAAACGACAUUUUACCUGGAGUGCUUUCUCGCUUCAAAACCCUUAACCCCCAAAAUCUCGAAAGCAGUAGGGUUUUGUAACUUCCGCAAAGGCCGCUGUUUUUUCUCUAACACAAUCGAAACGAUCCAAACUCCGGCUUCAAUCUCUUUCAUCUAUGGGAAAAUCAAGCAAGAAAUCAACCCUCAAAAUUGAAGCAGCUCCUGCUGUAGCUCCUUCUCAGUCUGGAAAGAAAGGCAAGAGAGAAGCUGAAGAAACUCUUGAAAAACAAGUGGCCGUGAAAGGGCAGAAGAAAAACGAUGGGGUAGCACAGGCCAUUGUAAAGAAGAAGGUUGAAGCCAAGACCCAAAAGAAGAAGAAAGAUGAAACUAGUAGCUCUUCCGAUGACUCUUCUGAUUCCGAGGAUGAACUUGUGCCCCAGAGGAAACAUUCAGCUAUUGCCAAGAAUGGCUCUGUUCCUGCAAAGAAAGCAAAACAAGCUAGCAGUUCAGAUUCUUCUGAGUCUAGUAGUGAGGAAGAUUCGUCCUCUGAUCAAGAAGCUCCUGCUCAGAAUAAAAAACAUGUAGUUGCUAAAAAUGGUGCAGUUCCAGCUGCUAAGACAGUAAAAGCUGAUAGCAGUUCAGAUUCUUCUUCUGAUGAUGAUUCUGAUGAGGAUGAUGAGCCUGCUGCAAAAAUGAAAGUAGCAGCAGUGGUUAAAAGGGGCUCUGCACCUGUUCAGAAAGGAAAGUCCUCCAGCAGUUCAGAUUCUUCUUCUGAUGAUGACUCUGAUGAGGAUGAUGAGCCUGCUGCAAAAAUGAAGGUAGCAGCAGUGGUUAAAAAUGUCUCUGCACCUGUUAGGAAAGGCAAGUCCUCCAGCAGUUCAGAUUCCUCAGAUGAAGAUGAAGAAAAAUCAAAGCCAGCCUCUAAUAAAGGACCCACUACUGUUCCCAAAAAGGGGUCGAGUGAUAGUUCAGAAAGUGACAGCUCUUUGGAUGAAGAGGAUGAACCUCCUCGAAAGGAUACUUUACCAUCAUCUGCUUCAAAGACUGUACCUUCAGUGACUACAAAGGGUAAAACCACAUCCAGUGAUAGCAGCUCUGAGGAGAAUUCUGAUGAAGAGGAUGUAAAAAAAGCAACUGCAGUGAAGAAAACAUCUGCUCCUACCCCCAAGAAAAUUGAGGAAUCCAUUAAUAGCUCCUCUGAUGAUAGUGAUUCUGAGGAAGAAGAGCAGAAAGCUGAAGCAAAAGGUGAUAAGAAACCUGUUACUGGGAAAACAGCAAAGAAAGAAGAGUCAUCUGAAAGUUCCUUAGACUCUGAUUCCUCUGAGGAUGAGGCUCCUUCAAACAAAGUUCCAGUUCCUUCAAAAAGGCCACUCCCCACAGCUGGGACAAAACAAUCAAAACAGGAAAGUGAUGAUAGUGACGAUGAUAGCUCUGAUGAAAGUGAGGAUGAACAACCUGCAGCCAAAAAGUCCAAGGUUGCUUCAAAUAGUGGAAAAGAUGCUAAAGUUGUUAAAAAAGUAAGCAGUAGUGAAGAGGAGGAAUCUGAAGAAUCAUCCGAUGAUGAUGAGGAAAGUGACGAAGAAACUCCAAAGAAAAAAGAAACAGAUGUAGAAAUGAUGGAUGCUACAACACCACAGAAAAUUGCUAAGCAGCAGGAUUUGAAGUCUGCCAAGAAAGCUCCCCAUACUCCUGCAGCUCCUCAAGUUCAAACUACAGGAUCAAAGACACUGUUUGCUGGAAACUUACCUUUUCAAGUUGAACAAGAUGAUGUAAGGAAUUUCUUUAAAGAUGCUGGUGAGGUUGUGGACAUACGAUUUUCCACUGAUGCUGAAGGGAAUUUUAAGGGUUAUGGACAUGUUGAAUUUGCUACCGCAGAGGAUGCACAGAAGGCUCUAGAAUUGAAUGGUGAAUAUUUGAUGAAUCGUUCUAUUAGACUUGAUUUGGCCCGUGAAAGGGGUGCAUAUACUCCACGCAGCAGCAAUGGAAACAACUCAUUCCAGAAAGGUGGAAGAGGCCAGGUUCGAACAAUAUUUGUCAAGGGGUUUGAUCAAUCUCUUGGUCAGGAUGAGAUUAAGAGUUCCUUGGAAGAGCACUUUGGUUCUUGUGGAGAGAUUUCUAGGGUGGCAAUACCAGUAGAUUGGGAGACUGGUGCUGUGAAAGGUUAUGCUUACUUGGAUUUCAAUGAUGGUGAUAGUUUCAACAAAGCUCUAGAACUAGAUGGAUCAGAAUUUAAUAAUUAUUCCUUGUCUGUGGAUGAGGCAAAACCGAGAGGUGAAUUCCGUGAUGGUUCUGGCAGUGGAAGAGGUGGUGGCAGGAGUAGUGGAAGGAGUGGUGGAUGGAGUGGUGGAAGGGAUGGUGGUGGCCGUGGUGGUCGUGGUGGUCGUGGUGGCAGACAUGGGGCUGGUCGUUUUGGUGGUGCUGGCAGAGGACGUGGAGCACCUAAUAGGCCAAACCUUGCAGCUGCUGGCACAGGUAAGAAGACUACUUUCAAUGAUGAGGACUGAAGUGGGGUGGUAGAAUACUCUUUUUCCCCUGCCGUCUGGUCCCUGCUUACGUUGUUAAGCAGUAAUUGUUUUUGUUAGAUCAUAUAGUUUUUGGCUUUCAACCUUCAUUUUGUCGUCUUAACUUUUGUGUCGAACUUCUUGAAAAUUAAAUGCCGUUGCUAUUUAGAUUUUAAUUGCUUGCUAAUUUAUCAGAAUUUGCCUUUUGGGUUAUAUUAUAACAAUAUAAUUUUUCUAUAAUCCUAAAUUAUAUAUUAAACAAAUAUAUU